AUGAAGUGGUCGUGGAUAUUCUUCGCAAUUUCUGCGAUCUCUCUCAGUCACCAGACUGGAGCCUUCUCAUUCGAUGAUCUCACUUCCUAUAUUACAAAUUUAUUCGAGGAUGAGCCAGAUCACUCGGAAGAAGGCGUUUUGCCGGAGCCGGAUUUUACGGGAACCACCCCAUAUGGGUUUGACGCGGUUGUAAAUCGCAAGAAGAGGGCCACAUGCAACGACUGCCCAGAUGCCACUCCUUACGGUUCCUGCAUUGAAGACCCAGAAUUAUGUGAUGGAACAGUUUUCACAUAUGUCCCACCGACAAUCACUUACGGUACAAGCGGUGGAUGCAAGACUGUCACGCUAAGUUGUGAAGGCUACCAGGUUGUCUAUAUUACGGGCAUGUAUCCUGACAACUCCCCCGUCACGGUAGCCGAGACCGAUGGUGCCGAUGAUACAACGUUAUUGGUCGCCAGCACCACGCUAGAUUGUAACGCUGACGGUUCAGCAUGGGGUGCUGGAGGGCAGGACAUUCAAAGCCAAUUUGACUGCAAAGGUACAAGGGAUAAAUUUCGUGCCCGCGUAGACACUUGGCAUCCCGGUCACCACCACCACAUCGACAACAACAACGACAACGACCACUACCACUACCACCACCACGACUACCACCACAACGACGACGACUACAACUACCACGACGACGACGACGACGACGACGACGACGACGACUACCACAACCACCACCACCACGACAACUACCACGACGACGACGACGACCACGACCACCACGACGACGACGACAACGACGACCACGACGACGACUACAACUACAACCACAACGACGACCACCACGACAACUACCACGACGACGACAACGACUACAACCACCACAACGACCACAACGACUACGACGACCACGACGACGACUACCACUACCACCACCACGACGACAACGACGACGACCACAACUACAACCACAACGACGACCACGACGACGACGACGACGACUACAACCACCACAACGACCACGACCACGACGACAACGACGACGACCACAACUACAACCACAACGACGACCACCACGACGACCACUACAACUACAACCACCACCACCACGACGACGACGACGACGACAACUACCACCACAACGACGACGACGACGACGACAACAACAACCACUACCACCACAACCACGACGACGACGACAACCACCACAACGACGACGACAACAACCACUACAACGACGACGACGACCACGACAACCACCACAACGACGACGACAACCACCACAACGACGACGACGACAACUACAACUACCACCACAACCACGACCACCACGACAACUACCACCACGACGACGACCACAACGACUACAACUACCACCACCACUACGACGACGACGACGACGACUACCACGACGACGACGACGACGACUACCACAACCACAACGACGACGACGACGACGACGACGACGACGACUACAACUACCACCACAACCACCACCACCACCACCACGACAACCACAACCACAACGACGACGACGACGACCACUACGACCACCACCACGACUACCACAACUACCACCACGACGACGACAACAACCACUACAACGACGACGACGACUACAACCACAACGACGACCACCACGACAACUACCACGACGACAACGACGACUACAACCACGACGACGACGACGACGACUACCACAACUACUACCACGACGACGACGACGACUACAACCACGACGACGACGACGACAACCACCACAACGACGACGACCACUACCACCACGACGACAACUACCACUACAACGACGACGACGACCACUACCACCACCACCACGACUACCACAACUACCACCACGACGACGACAACAACCACUACAACGACGACGACGACGACAACCACCACAACGACGACGACCACUACCACCACGACGACAACUACCACUACAACGACGACGACGACCACUACGACCACCACCACGACUACCACAACUACCACCACGACGACGACAACAACCACUACAACGACGACGACGACAACCACCACAACGACGACGACCACUACCACCACGACGACAACUACCACUACCACCACUACGACGACGACGACAACCACCACAACGACGACGACCACUACCACCACGACGACAACUACCACUACAACCACGACGACGACGACGACAACCACCACAACGACGACGACCACUACCACCACGACCACCACGACAACGACGACCACCACAACGACGACGACAACAACCACUACAACGACGACGACGACAACCACCACAACGACGACGACCACUACCACCACCACGACAACUACCACUACAACGACGACGACGACCACUACCACCACCACCACCACCACGACAACGACGACCACCACAACGACGACGACAACAACCACUACAACGACGACGACGACAACCACCACAACGACGACGACCACUACCACCACGACGACAACUACCACUACAACGACGACGACCACGACGACGACUACAACUACAACCACAACGACUACCACCACGACGACCACUACAACUACAACCACGACGACGACGACGACGACGACCACUACCACCACCACGACGACAACGACGACGACGACCACAACGACGACGUCUACAACUACCACCACAACCACCACCACCACCACCACGACGACAACCACAACGACGACGACGACGACGACGACGACUACUACAACCACUACCACGACGACAACAACCACUACAACGACGACGACCACGACGACGACUACAACUACAACCACAACGACUACCACCACGACGACGACGACAACAACCACUACAACGACGACGACCACAACGACGACGACAACAACCACUACAACGACGACGACCACGACGACGACUACAACUACAACCACAACGACCACAACUACCACCACGACGACGACAACCACAACGACGACGACGACGACGACGACCACAACAACCACCACAACGACCACAACUACCACCACGACCACCACCACGACGACAACCACAACGACGACGACGACGACGACUACCACCACGACGACGACUACCACGACGACGACGACGACUACCACGACGACGACCACCACGACGACCACUACAACUACAACCACCACAAUGACGACGACAACCACCACCACGACGACGACGACCACCACGACAACUACCACCACCACGACAACCACCACGACGACGACGACGACUACAACCACCACAACGACCACGACGACGACGACGACUACCACCACCACCACAACCACCACCACUACGACGACGACGACGACGACCACGACCACCACGACGACGACGACAACGACGACCACGACGACGACUACCACCACGACGACGACUACCACCACCACGACGACGACUACCACGACGACGACCACCACGACGACCACUACAACUACAACCACCACAACGACGACAACAACCACCACCACGACGACGACGACUACAACCACCACAACGACCACGACGACGACGACGACUACCACCACCACCACAACCACCACCACUACGACGACGACGACGACGACCACAACGACGACCACAACUACAACCACCACCACGACUACCACCACGACGACGACUACAACUACAACCACAACGACCACAACUACCACAACGACGACGACGACCACAACGACUACAACUACCACAACUACCACCACCACCACAACCACCACUACGACGACUACAACUACCACCACAACCACCACCACCACAACCACCACCACGACCACAACUACCACCACCACCACAACCACCACUACGACGACGACGACGACGACUACAACCACCACCACGACCACAACUACCACCACCACCACAACUACCUCGACGACGACUACAACUACCACCACAACCACCACCACCACAACCACCACUACGACGACGACGACGACGACUACCACAACCACAACCACGACCACAACGACAACGACGACGACAACAACCACUACAACGACGACGACCACGACGACGACUACAACUACAACCACAACGACUACCACCACGACGACCACUACAACUACAACCACGACGACGACGACGACGACGACGACGACGACGACGACGACGACGACGACGACCACUACCACCACCACGACGACAACGACGACGACGACCACAACUACAACCACAACGACCACAACUACCACAACGACGACGACGACCACAACGACGACGACUACAACUACCACCACUACAACGACGACUACCACAACUACAACCACCACAACGACGACGACCACGACGACUACAACCACCACCACUACAACGACGACGACGACCACCACCACGACGACCACCACCACGACGACGACCACCACUACCACAACCACCACCACGACCACAACUACCACCACCACAACCACCACUACGACGACGACGACGACGACUACAACCACCACCACGACCACAACUACCACCACCACCACAACUACCACGACGACGACUACAACUACCACCACAACCACCACCACCACAACCACCACUACGACGACGACGACGACGACUACCACAACUACAACCACCACAACGACGACGACAACCACCACCACGACGACGACCACGACGACUACAACCACCACCACUACAACGACGACGACGACCACCACCACGACGACGACGACGACGACAACCACCACCACGACGACGACCACCACGACGACAACUACCACUACAACGACGACGACGACGACGACGACCACAACGACGACGACAACAACCACUACAACGACGACGACGACCACUACAACGACGACGACGACGACGACAACCACCACAACGACGACGACAACCACCACUACAACGACGACUACCACAACUACAACCACCACAACGACGACGACAACCACCACCACGACGACGACCACGACGACUACAACCACCACCACUACAACGACGACGACGACCACCACCACGACGACGACGACGACGACAACCACCACCACGACGACGACCACGACGACUACAACCACCACCACUACAACGACGACGACGACCACCACCACGACGACGACCACUACAACUACAACCACCACCACCACGACGACCACCACGACAACUACCACUACAACGACGACGACGACGACGACAACCACCACAACGACGACGACCACUACCACCACGACGACAACUACCACUACAACCACGACGACGACCACUACCACCACCACGACGACAACGACGACGACGACGACGACGACCACAACUACCACAACGACGACGACGACGACCACAACAACCACCACAACGACCACAACUACCACCACGACGACGACAACCACAACGACGACGACGACGACGACGACCACAACAACCACCACAACGACCACAACUACCACCACGACCACCACCACGACGACAACCACAACGACGACGACGACGACGACUACCACCACGACGACGACUACCACGACGACGACGACGACUACCACGACGACGACCACCACGACGACCACUACAACUACAACCACCACAACGACGACGACAACCACCACCACGACGACGACGACCACCACCACGACAACUACCACCACGACGACGACGACGACUACCACCACCACCACAACCACCACCACUACGACGACGACGACGACGACCACGACCACCACGACGACGACGACAACGACGACCACGACGACGACUACCACCACGACGACGACUACCACCACCACGACGACGACUACCACGACGACGACCACCACGACGACCACUACAACUACAACCACCACCACGACGACGACGACUACAACCACCACAACGACCACGACGACGACGACGACUACCACCACCACCACAACCACCACCACUACGACGACGACGACGACGACCACAACGACGACCACAACUACAACCACCACCACGACUACCACCACGACGACGACUACAACUACAACCACAACGACCACAACUACCACAACGACGACGACGACCACAACGACUACAACUACCACAACUACCACCACCACCACAACCACCACUACGACGACUACAACUACCACCACAACCACCACCACCACAACCACCACCACGACCACAACUACCACCACCACCACAACCACCACUACGACGACGACGACGACGACUACAACCACCACCACGACCACAACUACCACCACCACCACAACUACCUCGACGACGACUACAACUACCACCACAACCACCACCACCACAACCACCACUACGACGACGACGACGACGACUACCACAACCACAACCACGACCACAACGACAACGACGACGACAACAACCACUACAACGACGACGACCACGACGACGACUACAACUACAACCACAACGACUACCACCACGACGACCACUACAACUACAACCACGACGACGACGACGACGACGACGACGACGACGACGACGACGACGACGACGACGACGACGACGACCACAACGACGACGACAACAACCACUACAACGACGACGACGACCACUACAACGACGACGACGACGACGACAACCACCACAACGACGACGACAACCACCACUACAACGACGACUACCACAACUACAACCACCACAACGACGACGACAACCACCACCACGACGACGACCACGACGACUACAACCACCACCACUACAACGACGACGACGACCACCACCACGACGACGACGACGACGACAACCACCACCACGACGACGACCACCACGACGACAACUACCACUACAACGACGACGACGACGACGACGACCACAACGACGACGACAACAACCACUACAACGACGACGACGACCACUACAACGACGACGACGACGACGACAACCACCACAACGACGACGACAACCACCACUACAACGACGACUACCACAACUACAACCACCACAACGACGACGACAACCACCACCACGACGACGACCACGACGACUACAACCACCACCACUACAACGACGACGACGACCACCACCACGACGACGACGACGACGACAACCACCACCACGACGACGACCACGACGACUACAACCACCACCACUACAACGACGACGACGACCACCACCACGACGACGACCAC